AUGAAAUCUGAUUUAGACGGUUAUGAAGUUAGAAUUAAAAGUUUAGAAAACCAAACUGCUCAUUAUAGUGAACAAGCGUUGUUGGAACAGGAACAGAGGGUGCUGGCAUCACUUCGAGAGAUAACUCAAAAUGUAAUAGCUAUGGGACAGGAGAAUUCGUUAGUCGAAAUUAAAGGUGAACUCGAAUCCAAAGAAGAAAGUGAAUUGGUAAUUGAUCCGAGCGGUUUCCAAGAAAAGAUCGAUACUUUUGUAGAAUUGGUGGAAUUAUUGAAAGUCACCCAUUUGGAACAAGAGACAUUAGAUAAUUUUCUUCGAUACACAAUAUCAUCUUCUAAUCUUUUGCAAAUUAAUUCGGUGCAGGACGCCAAAUAUGUGGAAUUAGAAUCACAAGUAAAAGAGUUGGAACAAGGUACGUUGGAGAGCCAUAAAAGAGAGAUCGAAGCCACCAAGGGUCAAAUAAAGAACUUAUGCCAGGAGUUAAGUAUGGCCCAAGAUUCAAUCAAUGAGACUUUCUUAGACACCUCUAAUGCCUUGGAAGAGUGCGAUGCUCUAUUAAACGAAUUGACUCAAUUACGUAUGGAAAAACAAACUAGUGAGGAAGCCGAUACGAUCGAAGAUGAUCCAGUAUCACAAACCUACGAAGACUGGGAAUCAUUGCAAAAAUCCAAGUUGGAAUUGCGAUUAUUAGAGGAGGAAACGUCAAGGUUGCAGUCUCGUGUAGAGUCGUAUGAAGACUAUCAAAAGAGAUCGAGGCAGUUGAGUAAUAAUGACCCACGAAUGUUACAAAAUCAUAAGGCGCUAGAGCUAUUAGUGGAACUUUGGAUGACAAAAUUUCUACCGCAACCUGGUAUCUCCCACCUAGAACUUUUCCCGCAAUCACGCAAGUUCCAAUUCGAUGUAGAGCCCACAUUUACGGUGGUCAUUACACUUGCAGAUCAGACAACUUUUCAAAAUGUUCAAGUGUAUAGAAAGGAUGCUAAAAGUCUCGUAAUGGAUCACGGAUUAAAUGACGAAAUAAAAAAUAGUUAUCUGGGAACCAAUAAUAUAUACAAUGGGCUAAAUGAUAUAAUACAUACGUUACAGAGGAGAGUGCAAGCAAAAGGUUCCAAUUGA